UAUAAUAUUUGCAGCAUUACUUCCAUCACACUAAAAGACACACACACACACACCCCAUUUGGCUGCAAUAUGACACAGCCUUCAGUCCCGGUCACCGCUACUGGCCGAAAAAAAAUAUCUAUUCUCACCCCUUUUUUUCUCUGCCAAAUUCAUGCUCAAAUGUAUAAUUCAAUUCCAUAUAUAUAAAAUAUCUACUAUGGAAUGAAUGUGACACGCGGAACACAAACAACCUACUGUCAUUUUCCCUACUCCUUUUUUCCUUUUUUUUGCUUUUUUUGGCAAAGGUUUAAUUGAUAGCCAUCAUCUUUUCCAUACUCUCUACAUAUAUUUCGUAUCCCUUUUUAAGUUUAUCAUCAUCAUCAUUCGGUGUGCGUUUCACUCGGGAAGUUCUCCAGAACUGGGUUUCAAUUUACUGCUCAAAAGGAAAGACUUUGAUUUUACUGAGAGAUGGUCAACUUGAAUCUGAGUGUGCUUUCCGGGACCCAUAAUCUGAAGUCGGUUACUCUCAGCUUCAGAAUACCUUAUUUUACUCAGUGGGGACAGCAGAUUCUGGUUUGUGGUUCUGAGCCAAUUCUUGGUUCAUGGAAUGUGAAGAGAGGUCUACUAUUGAGUCCUUCUCACCAAAAUGAUGAGCUUAUCUGGUGUGGUAGCAUUCCUGUUCCUUCCGAGUUUGCAUGUGAGUACCACUAUUAUGUAGUGGAUGAUGAUAGAAACGUCUUGAGGUCGGAAAUUGGGGACAAGAGGAAGCUAUCAUUGCCUGAUGGCAUUCAAAGUGGGCAAGAGGUCGAACUUCAUGAUCUCUGGAAGACAGGAUCUGAUAGUCUACCUUUCAGAAGCGCAUUUAAAAAUGUAAUAUUUCGUCGAAGCUGGAGUUCAGAUGACAAGAAACCUGUAGGAGUGACUGACAGUGACAUAGUUAAAAAAGCUCUUUCACCAGGUUCAGUUAUUGUACAAUUCAAAGUAUGCUGCCCCAAUGUGCAAGGAGCAUCAAUUCAUGUAAUUGGUAGUUCUUUGAAACUGGGACAAUGGAAGGCUCAGGGUGGACUUAAGCUUAGCUACACUGGAGAAUCAGUUUGGCAAGGGAGUUGUGUGAUGCAAAAAAAGGACUUUCCUCUCACAUAUCGAUAUGCAAAAUGUGACCAGGCUGGUAAUUUAUCAGUAGAAUCUGGUCCAAAUAGGGAAGCUACCGUUAAUAUCUCCCGUGGUCAAUCAACGUACAUUGUUCGUGCUGAUGGCUUGAUGCGAGAAACACCUUGGCGUGGAGCUGGCGUCGCGAUUCCAAUGUUUUCUGUUAGGUCAGAGGAAGAUAUGGGGGUAGGAGAGUUCUUAGAUUUGAAGCUACUUGUAGAUUGGGCAGUUCAUUCUGGAUUCCACUUGGUUCAACUUUUGCCAAUUAAUGACACAUCAGUUCACCAGAUGUGGUGGGAUUCGUAUCCAUACAGCUCCCUCUCAGUGUUUGCAUUGCAUCCAUUGUACCUACGGGUGCAAGCACUUUCUGACAACAUUCCAGAGGAUAUCAAGAAAGAAAUAGAGCAAGCCAGAAUGAAACUGGACAGGAAGGAUGUGGAUUAUGAGGCUACCAUGGGUACGAAGCUCUCAAUAGCCAAGAAAGUCUUUCGUCUGGAAAAGGAUACGAUUCUGAACUCGUCUUCUUUUCAGAAAUUUUUCGCUGAGAAUAAGGAUUGGCUAAAACCCUAUGCAGCCUUCUCUUUCCUGAGGGACUUCUUUGAGACAUCAGAGCGCAGUCAGUGGGGAAGCUAUGCUAUCUUUUCAGAGUCCAAGCUUGAAAAGCUUGUUGCAGAGGACAGCUUGCAGUAUGAUGUAAUAUGCUUCCACUACUAUAUCCAGUUCCAUUUGCACAUGCAACUUUCAGAAGCUGCAGAAUACGCUAGAAAGAAUGGAGUAAUCUUGAAAGGAGACCUCCCCAUUGGUGUUGAUAGAAACAGUGUGGAUACUUGGGUCUAUCCAGAUUUAUUCCGCAUGAACACUUCUACUGGCGCACCCCCAGACUAUUUUGAUAAGAAUGGUCAGAAUUGGGGAUUUCCCACUUAUAAUUGGGAAGAAAUGUCAAAAGACAACUAUGCUUGGUGGCGUGCUCGUCUGACACAGAUGGCAAAGUACUUCACUGCUUACAGGAUUGAUCACAUUCUGGGUUUCUUUAGAAUUUGGGAGCUUCCAGAUCAUGCAGUAACUGGUCUCUGCGGAAAAUUUCGACCUUCAAUACCGUUGAGUCAGGAAGAACUUGAAAUCGAAGGAAUAUGGGACUUCGAUCGCUUGAUCUGUCCUCGUAUCAAGCGGGCACUAUUGGAGGAGAAAUUUGGUGCUUCCUGGACCACUGUAGCUUCUAUCUUUCUGAAUGAAUCCCAGAAAGACAUUUAUGGGUUCAAGGAAGAUUGCAAUACUGAGAAAAAGAUUCUCGCAAAGUUAAAGUCAUGCUUGGAGAAGUCCAUGUUGUUUGAGACUGAAGAAAAACUUCGACGCCAGCUCUUUGAUCUUCUCAAGGACAUAGUGCUUAUUAGAGAUCCAGAGGAUUCAAGAAAAUACUAUCCCCGUUUUAAUAUGGAGGAUACUUCGUGCUUCAAGGAAUUAGACCAGCGAAGCCAGAAUGUUCUUAAAAGGCUAUAUUAUGAUUACUACUUCCAUCGGCAAGAAAGUCUAUGGCGUCAAAAUGCAAUGAAGACGCUGCCAGUUCUUUUGAACUCCUCAGACAUGCUUGCUUGUGGGGAAGAUCUUGGCCUCAUACCCUCUUGUGUCCAUCCGGUGAUGCAAGAACUGGGAUUAAUAGGACUGCGUAUUCAGCGCAUGCCUAAUGAAGCAGAUCUCGAAUUUGGAAUUCCUUCACAGUAUCCGUAUAUGACAGUGUGUGCUCCAUCAUGCCACGACUGCUCGACUCUUCGUGCUUGGUGGGAAGAAGAUGAAGACAGAAGACGUCGAUUUUUUAAGACGUUUUUGGGUUCCAAUGGUUUGCCCCCAGAUCAGUGCACUCCUGAAAUUGCAUAUUUCAUUUUACGCCAGCACAUUGAAUCUCCUUCAAUGUGGUCUAUAUUUCCCCUCCAGGAUUUGUUGGCAUUAAAAGAAGAAUACUCUACUCGGCCUGCCGCAGAAGAAACAAUCAAUGAUCCAACUAAUCCAAAACAUUACUGGCGCUACCGUGUACACAUGACAUUGGAAUCCCUGCUGAAGGACAAAGACCUAAUCACAGUUAUCAAGGAUCUUGUGCGAGGUAGCGGGAGAUCUUACCCAUCAAAAGAGCUUGAACUGUCCCAAGAAGCUGUAGUUCCGGAUAAACAGCACGUUGCCAAUGGGCAGGCAAAGGCUCCUCAAGCAACCUCGACAAAUUUAAGUUCGAAGAAGGAAAUUGCCGCAGUGGUGUGA